UCCACAGAGCAUGAUUACAUCAAAGCGUGGAAAUGUAGGGUCUCUCGCUUUUAGACCAUCUUAAUUAGAUAAGAACAUCAGCCCUCCUUGAAAAGUUGUGUUUUAGAGUUAGGCUUGCUCUGGCAAAUUGGGGCUCUGGAAGAAGCCUUUAUUAAAAAUACUGGCAGCUCUUGAUUCAGUGGCUCUGCUUUAUCAAUUAGAGGUAGUUAGAUUAUUAUCUCCCCACGGCAGGAGAAUAGGAAAAAGCUCUAAGAGGGCCCCCCUAGAUUGAGUGGGACAUGUUCCAGUUUGGAAAGUACCCCAUGGACAUUUUAGAGAUGCUUAGUGGACACCAGGCACACCAGUUUAAAGGCCUGGGUCUGGAGAGACAGCUUCAACACCAACAGCAAGUCCAACUACAGCACCAGCAGCAGCUACAACAGCAGCAGCAGCAACAACAGGGAGAGGCAUCUGGAGGUCUCCUCUCUGGACUGGGGCUUGGCUCCCUUCAAGGAUCUCGAAGCAAUGCUUUUGCAGAUUCCUCAUCCAUUUUUGCCAAAAUGAGCGCCCCGCCUCCAUCAAUCCCUCAGCAGACCCAGUCUUCAUCUUCACAGAGCUCACGCAAAUCCAGCAAGAUGAGCAGUAGUGGUGGGAGUGGGACGUCCUCCUCCGGGUACCCACAGUUCUUGCGGCCUUUUCAUCCGGCAGAGGCGGCUCUAGCACAAGAGCAGCUUCACUCAGGAAUGGGGCGUUUUGAUUUUGCCGGAGGAGGCAGUGGAGGUGGAUCGGGAGUGAUUGGUGGUGUGGUAACGUCAGCGCCACCUCCACCACCCUUGCAUCCUGGUCUGUCGGUCCCUCAGGCAUCCCCUGGACCAUCUUCUUCAUCACCCUCCCCCUCAAGUUCAGCUUCAACCUCCAACAACCCCCCUAGCAGCAGUAGUACAGUUGCUGGGCUUGUUGGAGCCCAGUCUGAUGCUCGAAGUUUGCACCAGCAGUUCAGUUGCAUGCUUGCUGCCAACCAGUACUUUCUCUCUGGAGUGCCAACCAAUGCCAGUUUGGAGCAGUUCUUGGUUCAGCAAGGUUCUCAUAAUCACCUAGGUCUGGCAGACUCCAAUUCAGGUCUCGCUCCACCCCCAGCCCUUCAUCCUUCCCACACCCAUGGCCAUCCAGCUCCUCAGCCUCAGCAACAGCAGCAACAGCUACCACCUCAUGCUUUGUCCCACCCCCACAGCCACGCCCAUCCACACCACCCCCUUCACCCGGCUCCUCAACCGUCACCUCUUAGUGGUUUUGACUUCCAAGGCAUCCCUGUGCUGUCCUCUAAUCAGCUGGCUUCAUUAAUGCAGCAGGAAGCUGGUGGCCUUUCUCUCCCACUGCCCCUCCACCUUUCUGUGCCCAAGGAUGAAUUGAAAGGAGACAGUGGUUCUGGGGCUGGAGGGAGCAGUAGCAGGAGAAAGAAAGCCAUGGCUGGCUACCUGCCCCAAAGGAAGACGGAUGGCAGCAGUAGCAGCAGUGGUAGCAAUACUAACUGUCACAGCAGCUCUGGUGCACAUGGUCAUGAUUCAUCUUCUAGUCUAGUAGGAGGAGGGGUUGGUAUGAGGGGUCUGAGUGGAGACCCCACAACUGUCCUCUCCUCUUCAACGGCGCCUUCUUCCUCUUCUUCCACUGUGUCAUCCUCUUCUUCCUCUGCCCCUACCUCAAAUUCAGCCUCCGUGUUGGUAACAAAUGUUUCACAGAUACCUAAACCCGAUAAUCAGCCUUCUAUGGCGCCAGCUGCCACUCAACCUGAACCAGAGCCUCUCUAUCACUGUGGUGAAUGUGGGAAGUCAUUCACACACCUGCCCAGCCUUCGUAGACAUAUACGUAGUCAUGAAGGAGACAGCAGUGCGACAAAUAGUGCCACGAGCCAGAACCCAAAUGCCAACCAUCAGCAUCAGUCAGACACAAGCCUUCCUCACUCAACUCAGGAUGGGAUGUCUCAACCAAAUACCCAUCACCAACAAGAACAGAAUCAACAGCAGCAGUCCAAUCCUGACCCCACCUCCUCUUCUUGCCCUAGUCCAGAUAAGACUUACUGUUGCACAGAAUGUGGGAAAGGUUUUAAGAAGAGAGGGCACCUCCUUCAGCAUGGCGUUAUACAUUCUGGUGCUCGUCCUUUUGCUUGUGCCAUCUGUGAGCGCUCCUUCAACCGCCGUGAAUCACUCACAAGACAUGAGAAAAUCCACGAAGAGAAGCCUUACCGUUGUCAAGCUUGUGGCCGCUGCUUUCGUGAAAGCACCUCUUUGCUCAACCAUGCUGCCUCUGGCACAUGUGGCAAGCCAGGAAGGGGAUCGAGGUCUAGAAGCAGCGAUGGUAGCAGCUCAGUGAAUUCAGGAGAUGGAAAGGCAGGAACUCGUGGAAAUAGCGACUACCAGGGCGGACAGCUUGGAGAUGGAACAGGAUUGGGUUAUGGAAAACCUGAUGGACGUGGAGGAGCAUCUGGAAUAUCCUGCGAUGGAUUGUAUCAGCAAGAGAGAGGAGGAAACCCAAACCCCAGUGCUAAAAGUGAGGGAAAGUACAAUUCAGAUUAUUCACGAGAUCGGUAUCAGUCUUCCUGCAGGGUUGAUGAUUACCGUCGACCACAGGGUAAUCCAUCUCCAUAUUCAGCAGAUAAUUCCUGCGGCAACACUGCAGCGGGCCCAGCCCUUAGAAAAGCACCCUUAGCCCCUACCCUCCAUCCACACCCUCAAAAUCAGCAACAGCAACAUCACCAUCAGCAGCAGCCUCACCUUCCCCUCUCCUCUCUACUGGAUGAUUCUGAGGACGAAGUCACAAGCAGUGCUAUGUCUGCCAUUGCAGCAGCAGCUGCUGCGUCAGUCUUACCGGCUGAGAUGAAUACCAGCGGUGGCCGAGAGGAGCGAAGGGAUAUCAUAGGAGGCCUGUUGGGUGGGCUUGGCUUUAGUUCAAUGGCUGGCCCAUCAUCCACAUCUGCAGGAAGUGGUGGGAAUGAGGAGUGCCUCAGUGGCUCCAUGAUGCCUUUAUCCCACCCAGCGCAGCCCCAAACUAAUCAGCAGAAUGCCGGCACUAAACCCAAAAGGCCACGUAAGCCCAGACAAAAGAGGGAGCCAAGACUUGGAGAAAACCCGGGAGAAGGUGUCAAACAAAGAAGGAACCACCAGAGUGGGGCUCGCACAGAAAGACCUUACUUAUGCAAUGUGUGUGGUCGUGGCUUUAGCAGACGUGAGACACUACGUCGGCACGAACGUGUACACACAGGGGAGAAGCCGUUCCACUGCGACGUUUGUGGCAAGGAUUUUAGAGAACCUUUCCACCUUACCAAACAUCAGACUGUUCACUCUGGAGAGAAAAACUACAGAUGCUCACUUUGCAGCAAGGACUUUGGCUAUGCACAGAGUCUCAAAAGACAUGAAAAACUGCAUCUGAAAGGCGAUUUCAAACCAAGACGGAGUAACACUAAAGGCAACUCGGCGGUAAACCAUGGAGGAAGCAUUGGUCAAAACAAUAAUCAGACAAACCCAAAUUCUUAUUACCCGUAUUCUCAGGAUAAAGCUCAAGGACCCAAUGCUAGCACUAGCAAUCAGCCCCCUGCUCGACUCUACACCUGCGAAAUUUGCUGGAAAUCUUUUCGUCACCAUUUCCACUUGACGGCUCAUCACCAGGCCAUCCAUGAACACGGUGGAGAGAAGCUUUUUUCUUGUGAGGUGUGCGGGAAAGCAUUCGCUUACUCCAACAGUCUGACCAGACACAGGUUAUCUCAGCACGGAUUGACACGCAGUGGAUCAGCCCCCCAACCUGCGGCCAGUGGAUCUGGAGGAAGCGGGUCAAACAUAUCCGAGAGCGAGGCCGCUACCAACGCCUUGCUUCAUCUCACGCCGGACAGUGGAGCCCACGGAGGACAUCACCCCCAUUCUGCUAUUGCCCAUACACAGCAUCCUCUCUCACAGCCUGCUGGUUACUCCCCACUGUUCUACACCCCUGAAUCAGGACACCAUGGUUCUGGCCCCAGCGGGCCUCCACAUUCCCAGCACCCUUCCUACUCAAACUCACCUCUAGGGUCCCUCCCCCAUCAACAGCAACUUGGAGGGAAAGGCCUCCUUGUUUAUCCAGGGACUUCAGGAAAUUCCCUCAGUUCUCCACUCCCCCACAUGCCCAUCUCCCCUUCCCAGCAUUCCCAACACCACCAGCAACAGCACCCUUUUCAGAUGCAGUCUCCCCACCAGUUGCACAGAGGUCUCCAGUCACAGGGGGACUCUCAGCAGAAGGAAAAAAAAAAAAAGAAAUUUAGAUUGGCAGGCGGAGGGGACUUGAUGAGGGGAUUCGACGAUCACGAAAGCUCAAAGAGGGAUCGAUAUCUGAAGAGAAAGAAAAGCAGGCUUCAGCGACAGCUCAGAAGGAAGAAGUGGAUCGCCCGGCUCAUCCAAGCCAAGUCCACUGGAGGAGUAGGGAUAAAUGCAGGAGGAGGAACGUGGCGCGUUGGCCGAUUAAAGUUCCGGGGGAUGAAAUCUCUGGUAGUCCCCUUAAAAUCUUUCCCCUGCCCUAUCUGUCCCUCCACCACUUUUACACGACGCAAUACCCUUUUGAUCCACUGCUUGAUAAGGCAUCCUCCGAGAAACAACAACCGCCGAGCUCGAUUGCUUUGUCUUGUCUGUGGGAAGCGUUCCCGAAGGCUUCUGUCUGCCCUCGGACAUCGGGCGUACCAUCUUUCCCAAGGGUCGUUCUCUUGUCCUCGGUGCCCCUCCCGUUUUUGGAAUGGCGCUCUCUUGAGUAGGCACAGGGUCGCUUGCCGCAGAGUUGGCAGUGGGCAGAAAACAUCACCCAAAGGGACUGGUAGCCAGAAAGGAGAGGAUAUCAAUGAGAGAUUAACAGCUGCAACAGAGUACAGGCACUAA